AUGGUUGUAGUUGAACAACAAAUCCGUGCUCAUAAAUCUCAAACACGACGAACAGUUCAAUUAAAACGAUUAUUACCUCAAUAUGAAUUAGCACAAGAAAAAAAUCUUUAUAAAUUUACUAAAGCAGAAAAAUCAGUUGGAGAUGCAUUAGCUGCUAUUAUUCUGAUUUUAGAAUCUCCAACAGCUGAUAUAACAUGGCAAAAAGGUGUGAAAAGACAAUUAGCUAAUCUUGAUAGAUUUAUUGAAGGAACUCAAUUAUUUGAUAAAAUGAAUUUAACAGAAGAACAUAUUAUUUUAAUUAGUGCAAUUAUUGAUAAUGUUACAAUUGAAAACUCAUCACUUAAUCAAACAUCUUAUUAUAAUGCUAUUUUAACAUUUUAUAAAUGGGUUAAACGAAUUUUACAAUAUCAUACACUUUUACUUGAAAAAGUUCGACCAAUACAUCAGAAAUAUAAAGAAAUUGAAGAAGAUGUAUUAGAACAAGAUCAAAAAUUAAUUUUAUUAGAUAGUAAAAAUUAA